AUAUAACUAGCUAGGAAAUUACUAUACAACUGUUUAAUUGCGUGAUAUAAACGUUCAAAAUAACUACGAUUACAAUUGAAAUGACUUGAUAUGACAAUUUAAUUUUUCCUUAGCAUUAUAUUUUGAAUCGUGAUCUUUAAUAAGUCAUCUAUUAUCUUCAUUCAAACAUAAUUAUUUAUUAGAUAAAUAUUAUAUAUUGAAACGAAUGUCUACAGAUACAUGGAUAUCUUCACAUUGUGAACUUAAUCAUCUUACUGAUAUGGCACCAUCAUCAUCGUCAUCAUCAACUAUCUCAUCAUCAUCAUCAUCAUCAUCAUCAUUAUUCAAUAUAAAUGUUAUGCAAGAAUUUUCAAAUGUAUUUAAUAAAUUUUAUUCAUCUGAAAUAAAUUCAUUCAUUUCUACAAAAUCUAAUGAUUCAUAUUUAUAUACUACUAAUUAUUUAAACCAAACAGUAAUGAAUAAUAAUAUAACUAAAGAACAAACAUUACAAGAGAAUCAUUUACAAAAUGUUCAAGAAAUAUUUUAUAAAUUUUUAAAAAUAUUUCCACAAUUUGAUUUAUUACAAAAAUCAAUAAACAAUUAUGAAACAUCUUCAGAAAGAUCUAUACAAGAUUUAACAAUGAAUCGUAAUGGACAAUAUGAUUUAAAUAUAUCUGAUUUUAAUUGUAGUAAUACAACAUUAGGUACAUUACCAAGUCCAUCAGAAAAAUCUAGUCCAUAUGAUUCUAGUUUAUGUUAUCAACAAAUGAAUCAUCAAAUGAAUGAUAAUGAAAUUGAAGAUUCUAAUGAUUAUCAUAAUAAAUUGGAUAAAGAAGAAAAACUUCAGAAUAGUAAUGAAAUCAAUGAAUUCAAUUGUACAUUAGAUCAUAUUAAAAUGAAUAAAAUAAAUAGUUUAUAUACUACUGUACCAUAUGAUACAGGAUUAAAUAAUAUAUUUAAUAUAAAUAGUAAUAUAAGACAUGAUUAUAGAUCCCCUACUGAAAACCUAACAAAUCAUUUGCCCUAUCAAUAUGAAAUUCUUUGA